ACACUCGCCACUGCUCACUCCCACGCCACCCAACACUUGUGGCAGUGCCCAAAACCCUCUAGUACUCUCGCCCAUCCCCCCUAUCUCUCUCUGUACUUGGGAAGAAAGGGGACGAUGCUCUCUUCCUUCACUGCUCUCCAUCACCUCUGGCUAUGCUAUUUCACCUUCCUUUCCCUUCAGCUUUGUGCUAGAGCCCUUCCUCAGCAGGUUGGGUAUGGCUACCGUUUGGUCUCCCUACAAGAGAGCUCCAGUGGAGGAGGGCUGAUAGGAUAUCUCCAAGUGAAGCAGAGCAGCGCAACUUAUGGCCCUGAUAUUCCCCAUCUAAGGCUUUUUGUCAAGCAUGAAACGCAAGAUCGCUUGAGAGUUCAUAUAACUGAUGCAGAAAAGGAAAGAUGGGAAGUCCCGUACAACUUGCUCCCGAGGGAGCAACCCCCAGCUUCAGGGAGUUCCUAUGGAAAAUCUUCAAGCAGUCCCUUCACAACUUCAGAAUACGCUGGUGAUGAAUUAAUCUUCAGUUACAUAGCUGACCCAUUUGGGUUUGCUGUGAGGAGAAAAUCCAAUGGGCAAACCCUCUUUAAUUCAAGCUAUGGGGCCAUUGUCUUCAAGGACCAAUACCUGGAGAUUUCCACUCAAUUGCCAGAGAGUGCUGCACUCUAUGGUCUUGGUGAAAACACCCAGCCUGGUGGGAUCCGGCUGCAGCCGAAUGAUCCCUACACCCUCUACACGACCGAUAUAUCGGCCAUUAAUCUUAAUACUGACCUCUAUGGAUCUCACCCUGUCUAUAUGGACUUAAGGAAUGUUGAAGGAGAGGCCUCUGCUCAUGCUGUGUUGUUGCUCAACAGCAAUGGAAUGGAUGUUUUCUACCGGGGCAGCUCUCUCACAUACAAGGUCAUUGGAGGAGUAUUUGAUUUCUACUUCUUCCCGGGACCGACGCCUCUGGCAGUUGUGGAGCAAUACACUUCAUUGAUUGGUCGCCCUGCUCCCAUGCCCUAUUGGGCACUAGGAUUCCACCAAUGCAGGUGGGGCUAUCGCAACCUCUCUGUUGUGGAAGGGGUAGUGGAGGGCUACAAAAAUGCCCGAAUACCUCUUGAUGUGAUCUGGAAUGAUGAUGAUCACAUGGAUGCAGCUAAGGAUUUCACACUAGACCCUGUCAACUACCCUCGUCCUAAGCUCCUGGCCUUCCUCGACAGAAUCCACUCUCAAGGCAUGAAGUACAUAGUCCUGAUCGACCCUGGAAUUGCUGUAAACUCCACUUAUGGUGUCUUUCAGAGGGGAAUGGCCAAAGAUGUCUUCAUCAAGUAUGAAGGCGAGCCCUACCUAGCACAAGUUUGGCCUGGGCCUGUCUACUUCCCUGAUUUUCUGUACUCAGAAACAGUGUCCUGGUGGGUUGAUGAGAUUGCACGGUUCCACAAGCUUGUGCCUGUUGAUGGCCUCUGGAUUGAUAUGAAUGAAGCUUCAAACUUCUGCACUGGAAAAUGUGAGAUUCGAAAAGAUUAUUUGUGCCCAGAUCCUAAUUCGACGACACCUUGGAUUUGUUGCUUAGACUGCAAGAACAUAACAAACACCAGAUGGGAUGACCCACCUUACAAGAUCAAUGCAUCAGGGAUUGAAGCCCCAUUAGGCUACAAGACUAUAGCAACAAGUGCAAUACAUCAUUAUGGCAUAUUGGAGUAUAAUGCACAUAGCAUCUAUGGUUUCUCCCAAGCCAUUGCUACUCACAAGGCGCUUCUGGGCCUCGAGGGGAAGCGCCCCUUCAUACUAUCACGCUCUACCUUCGUGGGAUCAGGAGCAUAUGCUGCGCAUUGGACAGGUGAUAACAAAGGCACAUGGGAUGAUCUCCGAUAUUCAAUAUCAACCAUGUUAAAUUUUGGUAUCUUUGGUAUGCCGAUGGUUGGCUCGGACAUCUGUGGGUUCUACCCACAACCGACAGAGGAACUUUGCAAUCGAUGGAUUGAGCUAGGUGCAUUUUAUCCCUUCUCAAGGGACCAUGCCAACUUUGCCUCACCCCGGCAAGAGCUCUACCAGUGGGACUCAGUUGCCAAGUCUGCUAGAAAUGCCUUGGGACUACGGUACAAGCUGCUUCCAUAUCUCUACACAUUGAACUAUGAAGCGCACAUCAGUGGUGCCCCAAUUGCAAGGCCAGUCUUUUUCUCAUUCCUUAAUUUCACUGCAAGCUAUGGCCUGAGCACGCAGUUCUUGCUAGGGAGCAGUGUCAUGGUGUCCCCUGUCCUGAAGCAGGGAGCAUCAUCAGUUAAAGCAUUGUUCCCCCCUGGAACUUGGUAUAGUUUGUUCGACUUGACCCAGGCCGUGGUGUCGAAGGAUGAGCGUUACAUAACGCUCGAUGCACCGCUGAACGAGGUUAAUGUGCAUGUCUACCAGAACACUAUACUUCCCAUGCAGCAAGGAGGAAUGAUCUCCAAGGAGGCAAGAACCACCCCAUUUACUCUUGUGGUUACUUUCCCUCUUGGAGCCACCCAAGGUGAUUCAAAGGGAAAUGUCUACGUGGAUGAUGAUGAGCGCCCAGAGAUGAAACUUGUGGAGGGUGAGGCAACAUAUGUCGAUUUCUAUGCCAGCGUCCGUGAGAAGAGAGUGACAGUGUGGUCUGAGGUGAAGAUGGGGACAUUUAGUUUGAAGAAGGGCUUGACAAUUGAAAAGGUGUGUGUAUUGGGACUGGGAGGAACUGGAAAGGGGCUGGCAAUUGAGGUGGAUGGUCAACCUUUAAAUGAUAUUGCUAAUAUUUAUUUCAGGGAGUCUCCUACAGGGCAUGUGGAGAAGCUGGAGGGUGGGAAUAAGAGGAACAGUAUGAUGGUUGAGAUUGGAGGGCUAGCAUUGCCACUGGGGAAAAAGUUCUCCAUGUCCUGGGUGAUGGAGAUCAAGGGAUGAGUUAGGUUUUCAUGUGAAUUGUUUCGUGGUGAUUUUUAUGUUGCUCUCUUCCUUUCAAUUCUCUUAUUUUCUUUUGUUUUCUGAGACUAGGAGGGAGAAGGAUAAUCUGCUAAAGAGCCGAGAAAAUCUCUCUUUGCUGCUUAAUUCUAAAGUUUCUGAAAACAAAUCUCUGAACUGUGUGCUUGGUUUCUGAUUCGUUUUGAAGUUCUACUGGCUAGCUUGAAUUAGCUGAUAUAAUGGGUACUAUUUUCCAA